AUGCAUAAUAUUUUCUUCAUCGUUCUCAUCGUCUGUGUAUCGGCGACAGCAAAUAGUCUGUACCAAUUCAACGGUCAAACACGAGAUGUAGGCUUAACUGUCUGCGAAAAUCUGUAUGGGCUCAUGGCAUAUCCGCGCAUCAUUCAAAAUAUUACGCUUUUACGCACAUCACCACUUCGCAUUCGAGUCUAUCUCGUCGCCCAAGGCCCAUCACGAGCAAUUCCAUUCAGUGUCGAAGGUAUGGUAUGUCAAGUUGGUUUCGAUCAGAAUGCCGCAAAUGCCGCCUGCCGUUCACAAAAUUUUAACAAUGCUGUUCUUGUCUCAAACAUCGAUUGGCAAGAACCACCCGGUGGCUCAGGACAAGAAUGUAUCAUGAAUACGGACUCGUACAAGAGUGUCAUACCUUGUGAAUAUAUCAUGAAUCAGAUCAACUGUCCUGAAUCAGCAGUUAAUUUAGCUGAAUGUCGUUUUCCUCCGCUGUUUAGUCAAACGUCAUCGUGCAAUCGACAUACUCAUGUUGGUCUCAUUUGCACAUAA